GUGACUGGACUCCAGUCAGCUGAUAAAAGUCGGCUGUUUGUGAACAACAAGCUCAAUUGCUCUGUCAUUGUGGGUUCGUGGUUCUAGUUCUGAGGCUGUCACAAUGAGGAGCCUGUUUCUUUGUGUGCUAGCGGCGUUAGCUCUGACUAAUGAGGCCCUGGUUCGCAUUCCCUUAAAGAAAUUCCGUUCCAUCAGACGCGAGCUGACUGAUUCGGGGAAAAAAGCCGAGCAGCUUCUGGCUAGCACACACUCCCUUAAGUAUAACUUUGGCUUCCCCUCCAGCAAUGGACCCACUCCAGAAACCCUGAAGAACUACCUUGAUGCUCAGUAUUACGGUGAGAUUAGUUUGGGCACUCCUCCUCAGCCUUUCACUGUGGUGUUUGACACGGGUUCGUCCAACCUGUGGGUGCCCUCCGUUCACUGCUCCCUGCUGGACAUCGCAUGCUUGCUUCACCACAAAUAUAACUCUGCUAAAUCCAGCACAUACGUCAAGAACGGCACCUCCUUCGCCAUCCAGUAUGGAUCUGGCAGUUUGUCGGGAUAUCUCAGUGAGGAUUCAUGCUCUAUUGGGGACAUUUUAGUGGAGAAACAGCUUUUCGGUGAGGCCAUCAAGCAGCCCGGCGUGGUCUUCAUUGCAGCAAAGUUCGAUGGGAUCCUUGGCAUGGCCUACCCUCGCAUCUCUGUGGACGGUGUGGUCCCAGUGUUUGACAACAUCAUGAACCAGAAAAAGGUGGAGAAGAACGUCUUCUCCUUCUACCUGAACCGGAAUCCAGACACCGAACCUGGCGGUGAGCUGCUGCUGGGAGGAACCGACCCUAAAUACUACAGCGGUGACUUCAGCUAUGUCAACGUCACCCGCCUGGCCUACUGGCAGAUCCACAUGGACGGGAUGGCCGUCGGCAGCCAGCUGACUCUGUGUAAGGGCGGCUGUGAGGCCAUCGUGGACACCGGGACGUCUCUGAUCACCGGGCCGUCGGCCGAGGUGAAGGCCCUGCAGAAGGCCAUCGGAGCCCUUCCUCUCAUCCAGGGAGAGUACAUGGUGAGCUGUGAUAAGAUCCCUUCGCUGCCCGUCAUCACCUUCAACGUGGGCGGACAGAGCUACAGUCUGACCGGAGAGCAGUACGUCCUCAAGGAGAGUCAAGCUGGAAAAACUAUUUGUCUGAGUGGUUUCAUGGGCCUGGACAUCCCUGCCCCCGCCGGGCCGCUGUGGAUUCUGGGAGAUGUGUUCAUCGGUCAGUACUACACCGUGUUCGACCGUGAAAACGACAGGGUGGGCUUCGCUAAAUCCAAGUAAACACUUCCAGCAGAUGAGCUACAUGCCCAAGUACAAGGCUAGAAUCUGAGCUGCACGUUUUCUGUUGCCUUGUGAUCAAAACGUUCUUUGCAAUAGAUUUUGUUUAGAGCCUAAAUGCACAGAUCUGAUGAAUUUGUAAAAUUUCUGACACAAUGUGAAGCAGAUUGAGGGGAUUUGAUUGGCUGUGUGUGACUGUAAAGGAUCAGCUGAAUGUUUAGGUAUCGCUGUGUUUUUUUUUUUUGUUUUUUUUUUUUUUUUUAACUUCGUGUGAUUGUUAUUUUUCUAAAAUCAGGGAUUUGUUUUAAAGGAAGUGUUAGUAUUUUAGGAUGAAGAUGGACUUCCACUACUGAGAUGUUUUAACUUGAUUGGGCUGAGUAAAAACACUUUUAAAACUGUU